UUGACCAACUCACACCAUCAAAUUUAACCAGUUCUUGAAAUUUUUAAAACCAACAUGCAGGUAGUGGUGGAAGAGUCAUCAAUGGGGAGUACUGAAGAAUCCAGGCCGGCGGCGAGAAUGGAGAAAGUAUACGAGAAGGUGAGUCUAUUGGUUACUAGCAACGCGGUGGUGGUUUUUACGUUAAGUGGCUGCUGCAUGUGCCAUGUAGUGAAGCAGCUUCUCUUUGGCCUCGGAGUUGGGCCGACGAUAGUUGAACUUGAUCGCGAUGCCUAUGGCCAUGACAUCCACCGUCUGCUCUUCCAGCAACAGCCGGUUCCGGCUGUGUUCAUUGGUGGGAAAUUCUUGGGUGGGAUCGAGACUGUCAUGGCUUGUCAUAUUAACGGCACCCUUGUUCCUCUUCUCAAGGAAGCCGGAGCUCUCUGGCUCUGAAUGGAAAUGUUUAUCUAACUUCAGUUUAUUGUCGUAGUUUUAAUUCGUCCAUUACCAUAUCUGUCUUUAAUUCAA